GAUAGUUAACUAAACUGUACAAGGAUUUUGAAGUUCGCUAAGGGUAACCUCCGUAUCACUGAACACAUAUUAAAAUAAUAGGAUUAUGCGCGUAUGUUAGCCAGAUAUUAGCAAUGCCACCGCUGAGUUGUGUUAUUCCAAAUGAAAACGGAACGAACUAACGUUGAAACGUUAGCUAGCGUUACAGACUUACUAUUCAUGCUCUUGAUGUUUGGGCAUUUUUAAACCAACAAUGGCAAGUUUGCGCAGUGAACCUCUGUGGGGCGAAGAGUAACGGCUAACGUUAAAGGACAGUGGACUCUGGACAGGUAUGUCUCUUCGGCUAUCUUUGUGGUUGUUGCUAUUCUGUCUGGGGAUGUUCAGACAUAAACUCCUCCCGGGGGUUCAGGCAGACUCGGUACCCAGUGCUGCAAAAACUUUAGUAUGGGGACCUGGACUCGAGGCAAAUAUCGUCCUUCCUGCUCGGUUCUUCUACGUACAGGCGGUGGACAGCUCCGGGAGAAAUUUAACAACAUCUCCUGGGGAGAAGACCUUUGAAGUGAAGAUUGUGUCUCCAGUGGAGCAGUUCACCAGGAUUUGGAUCCAGGUCUUGGAUCGUCAGGAUGGCUCCUUCCUGGUUCGCUACAGAAUGUAUGCCACCUACACAGACAUUCACAUCCAUAUUCUGCUCAACAACAAGCACAUCGCCAAGUCACCGUUCAUCCUCGAAGGCCCAGUCUACCAUGAGGGCUGUGACUGUCCCCAGCCCAGUGGUUCUGUUUGGGAGGCCCACAUGCACUGUCCUCAGUCCUUCCCUCAGAUAGACAGGGACCUGGCCAUAUACGCUAGUGUGGACCCAGAUCGUAACGCGCAGGAGAUCCCACAGCGCUUUGGACAGAGACAAAGCCUCUGCCACUACACUGUUAAAGACAACAAGGUCUACGUUCAAACUUUUGGAGAGCAUGUGGGUUUUAGAAUCUUUAUGGAUGCCAUCCUCCUGUCACUCACCAGAAAGGUGCGGCUCCCUGAUCUGGAGUUCUUUGUUAACCUGGGGGACUGGCCGUUGGAGAAGAGGAAACCCACUGAGAAGAUUCAGCCCAUCUUUUCCUGGUGUGGCUCCAACAAUACCAGAGAUAUUGUCAUGCCCACCUAUGACCUGACUGAGUCUGUCCUUGAGACCAUGGGAAGAGUGAGUCUGGACAUGAUGUCAGUGCAGGCCAACACAGGACCCCCAUGGCCAGAGAAGAAUGCCACAGCCUUCUGGAGGGGCCGGGACAGUCGUCAGGAACGUCUGGAGCUGGUGAAGCUUUCCAGAGCUCAGCCCAACACGAUUGAUGCUGCCUUCACCAACUUCUUCUUCUUCAAACAUGAUGAGAGCCUCUAUGGGCCGCUGGUCAAACACGUUUCUUUCUUUGACUUUUUCAAGUACAAGUACCAAAUAAACAUUGACGGCACUGUGGCAGCGUAUCGACUUCCUUACCUACUGGCGGGAGACAGUGUUGUCCUAAAGCAGGAUUCUAGCUACUACGAGCAUUUCUACAACGAGCUUCAGCCGUGGGAACACUACAUCCCAAUCAGGGCGGACCUCGGAGACCUGCUGGAAAAGAUCCAGUGGGCUCGUGACCACGAUGAAGAGGCAAAGAAGAUUGCACUGGCGGGUCAGCAGUUUGCCCGCAAUUAUCUUAUGGGAAACCGCAUAUUUUGUUACUACUACAAACUUUUCCAGGAGUAUGCCAAACUCCAGGUCACAGAGCCCAAGAUUCGUGAAGGCAUGGAGCUUGUAGAGCAGCCCAGUGAUGACCUGUUUCCAUGUUACUGCCACAGGACGAGUCUAAGGGACAGUGCAAAGGAUGAACUUUAACUCAACUUUAAGUUAGUUGUGGCCAAGCUGAGGACGACUCCCUUCCUCCAGUUACAGAGCAAUCCUUCAUAUCUGAUAUACUGCUAAAUCAUGUGUAUGACUAUGAUAUGAAUGUCACAUCUCAUUUUUUUAAAUAAAUAUUUUUCUUUUUGUAUGUGAAAA